ACAAAAACUUUCUAAUUCAACACCCGUGUAUACACGGGUAUUGCACUAGUGUACAUUAAGUUGGUAAUGUUGCAUUUUCCUACUAAUUUUGUGGUUCAUAACAUUUUUAUUUUUAAUUUUAUUUUUUUAUUUAUUUUUUACUUUCUUGAAAUAUGACGAGAUUCACGGCCAUGGCUAGUGACACAAAUCGUCUCAACUAUGCAAGCUCUGAGUCUUCGUAGAUCUUCUUCAACCCCUCGCAUCUAUCUUCUCGCUGCUUUACUACUUUUCUCGCCAUCACUGCUUAUAUGUUCCCGUAAGCUUGAAACCAAUCACCAUCGACAUGUCCGCCGUGUUAACGGCGGUGACUCCCCAACAUACAUUUGGCCGUUGCCCUUGAAUUACACUCUCGGCAACCUUACUCUCACAGUAGACCCAAAUCUAUCACUCGUUGCCGGUGGAAAUGGAGGCGGCUCCCAUAUCAUUUCUGAAGCCUUUAACCGAUACAGAAGUAUCAUAUUCAAACACGCUAGCUUUGAGCUGCCCGGCGUUGUGAUUGACUAUGAUCUUAACAAGCUCAGUAUCAUUGUUCACGCCGAAGAUGAGCAGCUUCAACUUGGGGUUGAUGAGAGCUACACAUUGACGGUUGAUGCGAGUGAAGGCCCUUCAGUAAUUAACGGCAUCACGAUAGAGGCAAACUCUGUCUACGGAGCUUUGCGUGGACUAGAGACGUUAAGCCAACUAUGUACUUAUGAUUAUGGAACCAAAACUGUGAAACUGUAUAAUGCUCCAUGGUAUGUCCGGGAUAAGCCGAGGUUUAUUUAUCGAGGGCUCUUGCUUGAUACUUCGAGGCACUAUUUGCCAGUAGAAGUAAUCAAGCAAGUUAUAGAAUCUAUGUCAUAUGCUAAACUUAAUGUCCUGCAUUGGCACAUUAUAGAUGAAGAAUCAUUUCCACUAGAAGUCCCUAUGUAUCCAAAUUUGUGGAAGGGAGCUUACACAAAAUGGGAGCGAUAUACCAUUGACGAUGCUUCUGACAUUGUUCAGGGAGAAGGAUAUCCUGAUCUUUGGCCAUCCCCUUCCUGCCAAGAACCUCUGGACGUCUCUAAAAACUUUACGUUUGAUCUAAUCACUGGCAUACUUUCAGACUUGAGAAAAGUUUUUCCAUUUGAGCUUUUCCAUUUAGGUGGAGAUGAGGUUCAUACAGAUUGUUGGAACUCAACUCCUCAUGUAAAGCAAUGGCUUGAAGAUCGUAAUAUGACGGCUAAGGAUGCAUAUAAGUAUUUCGUGCUCAGAGCUCAGGAUAUAGCAGUAUCAUUAAAUUGGACUCCUGUUAACUGGGAAGAAACUUUCAACACUUUCGCGACAAGUCUCAACAGAAAAACUGUUGUGCACAACUGGUUGGAAUCUGGUGUUUGCCCGAGGGCUGUAGCCAAAGGUUUCAGAUGCAUUUUCAGCAACCAAGGCGUAUGGUAUCUUGACCACUUAGAUGUGCCUUGGGAUAAAGUGUAUUAUGCUGAGCCGUUAGAAGGGAUAACCGGUGCUUUACAGCAAAAACUUGUUCUUGGAGGAGAGGUUUGCAUGUGGGGUGAAACAGCUGAUGCUUCAAAUGUUCAGCAAACAAUUUGGCCUCGAGCAGCAGCAGCUGCAGAGCGCUUAUGGAGCAACAAGGAGUCAUUAUCUUCACAAAACUCGAGUGUUUUGGCACGACUGGAGCAUUUCCGGUGUCUGCUGACUAGACGUGGUGUACCUGCCGCCCCUGUCACUAAUUUUUAUGCCCGAAGUUCGCCAAAGGGUCCAGGAUCCUGCUAUACUCAGUGAACUCCAGCUGCUAUUGCUAAAACAUUUGCGCGUCUGCUACCUGCUGUUGUGUGUUGUUUAUUGGUUUCCUAUUCCUAAAAAAUAAUUCAAAUCACGCCGUGUGCUUUCUUAUUUCCUGUGUGUUGUUUGUAUCACCCGCGCACAAACGCGCGGUCCGGCGUCAAAAACAAUGUGUGGAUGAAUUAUAAUUUAAUAAAUAAAAAGUAUUUUUAAAACAUAUGUAUAGAGAUAAUAAAAAGUAAGAUAAAUAUUUAUUUAUUAUGUUUUAAAAUGUUUUCCUAAAUAUAACAUUA